CUUCUUCUUCUUCUUCUUCUUCUUCACAUGCGUCUAACAAUCAAUCUCCUCCUCCUAACUGGCAUUUUUUUAAAUGUUCAGGUGAACAGUGUGAGGCUACCUCACCACAUCGCGGAUAAGCGACACUUUUGUGGCACUGCUUUGGUUGAAUUCUCCUCUGAACAAGACACUGAAUUUAUUUUGAGGCAGAGUUUGGUCUAUGCAGGCGCCGACUUAGUACUCAUACCAAAGAGUGAUUUUGACUGUCAAAGAGAGAAUCUAAUCAAGCUACUCGGAAAAUCAGGCUCAAGUCCUAGAGAUACCUCCCACAAUGAAUUCCGCAUAGGUCAGCUUGUCAAAUUCACAUUGAAAUGGAUAGCCAGUGGAGAAAAUAUAACGAACAAAGAAAAACCCAGGACUCUGAAUAUUAACAUCAGAGAGAAGGAAGAUAAGGAGACAGGCAUUGCAGAGAGGUUGGAAGAAAUUGAUAGAAAGAAGGAAGGUGGCAAGGAGAGAGUUAACACCGCUGAUCAACUUGCGGUUCCCCCAUGGAACAACAGUGAUUCUCUUGGAUCUGAGGUUCUCAAGGAUGUAUUUCAAAGAUUUGGCAGCGUUAAGCACAUAGAAUACUCUCGUGGAUUGGAUUCGGGUUACGUUUGUUUCAUAGAUUCAGAAACAGCAACGAAAGCCCGUGCAGCUGCGGAGUUUGUUGGAGGUUUAGUUGUGAAGAAUAACUUCUCAAUAGCCUUGGAAGCAGUGAAUGGGGAGAUCGAGAGAGAGUUGUGGAAAAGACUAUCAUCAGCUGAGCCGGAAGGAGAAGGGAAAGAAGGUGACAUCAAGGAAAAAAGCAAAGAUGUGUGUUUCGAAUCCGCACAACCAAUCAAGAAGGCUCGAAAGGAGCGCUAGUUGUAGUGUUGUCAUACUCUUCUCUACUUUUUUUAUAGGUUCAGCUAAUUCUCAACAAAAUAGAUAUUUGACUUCAGUUGACGAUUAUAAUGUCGUCUGUGAGUAGUUCGGUAAACGGUAUUUAUCUGUUUUGGUAAACUUACAGUCCUAA